AUGGCUAUGCUUAAGGCUUCACUCUAUUCUCUCUUUAAGAUAUUCACUCUUCUCUCUCUACAUGUAUCGACCUGUGUAUCUUUUACUUCUUUCGUGUUUGGAGACUCUUUAGUAGAUGCAGGAAAUAAUGACUAUCUCUUCACCCUUUCUAAGGCUGAUUCUCCUCCUUACGGUAUUGACUUUACUCCCUCUGGUGGAAAACCUACUGGAAGAUUCACCAAUGGUCGAACCAUCCCCGACAUAAUAGGUCAAAAUCUAGGGGCCAAGUCAUUUCCACCACCUUAUCUCGCCCCUAACAAUACUGGCAGUGAUGAUGUGAUUCUUGGGGGAGUUAAUUAUGCUUCAGGAGCUUCUGGAAUCUUAGAAGAGACUGGAUCUUUGUUUAUAGGAAGAGUUCCACUAAGGGAGCAGAUCAACUACUUUGAGCAAAGCAGAAGUUACAUGGUGAGCUUAAUGGGGGAAAAUGGAACCAAGGAAUUCUUAAAAGGAGCAAUGUUCUCAGUGACAAGUGGGUCUAAUGAUAUCUUGAACUAUCUCCAACCUCCCAUACCUUUUUUUAAGGAAGAUAAGGUGUCCCCUACCAUGCUCCAAGAUUUCUUGGUUUCCAACUUAACCUUACAUCUUAAGAAUUUAUACAAAUUAGGGGCUCAAAAAUUUGUCGUCGUCGGCGUAGGACCUCUCGGCUGCAUACCAUAUGUUCGUGCACUCCAUUUAUUAGUAGAUGGGAGAUGCUCAAUCCAGGCUAAUAAAUUGAUACAAGGCUACAAUAAGAAGCUAAGGGAAGCACUUCAUGGUUUAAAUCAAGAGAUGGGACCUGAAGCCAUUUUUGUUUAUGCAAAUUCUUAUGACAUUGUUAUGGCAAUCAUACGAGACUACCGACAUUAUGGGUUUGAGAAUGCAUAUGAUCCAUGUUGUGGUGGCAGCUUCCCACCAUUCAUUUGCUUCAAAGGGAGGAAUGCUGAAAUAAGUUCUUUCUUGUGCGUGGAUCGAUCAAAGUAUGUGUUUUGGGAUGCCUAUCACCCAACUGAAGCUACUAACAUAAUUAUUGCAGAAAGACUAUUAGACGGUGAUGGAAGUAUUAGUAUUCCGAUGAACAUUCGCGAACUCCAUAGCUAUAAUGCCUAACUGCAACAAUAUUUGACGUUCAUUUAUUUCAUAUAUGUUUACACAUGAUGUUGUUGUGGCUUGUGAGGCUUGUAGCUCGUAAUACUAAACAUUUGGAAUAAAUAUAUUAGAAAGUCUCAGUUUCAAGGUUGAGAGAUCCUUUCUAAAGUCAUUAAUUAGCAAU